ACCGGGCAGCCCUUCUUUGGUUAACUCAGUCGUUGUCGAACGCUUCUAAUUCAAACACCGAAAAACUAGCAGCUGCGGCUCAUUACUAGACAGUUGUUUACACAUACGGCGCAGGAUUAUUUUACCGGACGGACGUGAAAAAAGAAACCGGGAUGCUUCUUUUAUUGCUCUUCAUUUUAAGUGUUCUCGGGAACGCGGCAUCGAAGACCAAACCAUCGACAACUGAAUUUGAACCUCCACAGAUAUUAAAAGAAGACCAGGACUUUUGGUAUGCUCAGGGCAAAGAAGAUUUACUGCGUGCCCUGAAUCGGCAACUUAAUCUCAAUACGGCCAAAAACGUCAUCUUUUUCCUUGGUGACGGAAUGGGAGUGUCGACAGUGACGGCAGCUCGUAUACAUGCCGGACAAAAGCUUGGACAGACUGGCGAGGAGCAUUACCUAUCUUUUGAAAAAUUCCCUAAUCUCGGACUCCUUAAGACCUACAACGUAGAUAAACAAGUAGCUGAUUCGGCCGGUACAGCCACGGCUUAUCUGACUGGAGUGAAAGGACGUUACGGCACUCUUGGUUUGGACGUCUCGGCACCAUACAACAUCUGUCGAUCCGAUCUCGGCACCAAGCCGCAUGUUCAAAGCGUCAUUAAGUGGGCCCAAGAUGCGGGAAAAGCCACUGGUUUCGUAACGACGACGAGGGUAACACACGCCACUCCUGCGGGACUUUACGCCCACUCCGCUAACCGUGAUUGGGAGUGCGAUUCACAAGUCCCGCUCGCUAAUCGCCACGAGUGUAAAGACAUUGCUCGACAGCUAAUUGAAGAUGAGCCUGGCCGCAAUAUCAAUAUUAUUCUGGGUGGAGGACGACAAAUUUUCGAGGCCGCCAAUGAUAACGGAACGGCUAAAUGGCCGUGCAAACGGGGUGAUAACUUGGACUUGAUUGAAGCGUGGAAAGCCGACAAGAAGAAACGCGAAAAAUCGCAUCUCUUUUUAGAAAACCGCGAUGGUCUUUUAAAUACCAAUCUCGACGAUACAGACUUUAUUCUAGGCUUGUUCGCGAUGAAUCACAUACCCUACGAGCUCGAUAGAACAGAAGAUCCCAAAAUCGGUGAAAUGGCACCCGGAAUCGAAGAUAUGACAGAAAAGGCUAUUCACUUCCUGCAGAAAAAGAGCGACAAGGGUUUCUUCCUUUUGGUGGAAGGCGGCCGCAUCGAUCACGCUCAUCACAAGAAUAAUGCCUUACUAGCGCUGGAGGAAGCGGUAGCCAUGAAUCGCGCUGUUUCUAUCGCCGAACGACUCACCGAUAACAAGGACACGCUCAUACUGGUCACUGCCGAUCAUUCGCACACUUUCAACAUUAACGGCUAUCCAGUUAGGGGGAACAAAAUAACUGGUGUUUCUGGUGUCGGCGACAAUGGCUACAAUUACACAACAUUGAGCUAUUCAUCUGGUCCCGGGUUCUGGAACAACGUGAACAAUCAAACGACUGAUCCAUCGAAACCAUGGCUGGACGCAAGUACUUUGGAUAUUCACGACAAGACCUACAGACAAUUGUCACAAAUUCCAGCUUACGACGCUUUCCACGGAGGCGAGGAUGUCGCUGUUUACGCAACAGGUCCCAUGUCGCAUUUAUUUCACGGAGUCCACGAACAAAGUUACGUAGCUCAUGUCGUCGGACAUGCCGCCUGCAUGGGACCAUACUCGACGGCUUGCGAAGUUCCUAAACCAGAGGCACAAAGCGCUGGGAUUGCAACUACUAUAUCGCACGUGUUGACCUUACUCAUGGCUUUAAUAAGCACAAUGAUUUCAAAAUACUAGACUCACUCAUUCUAUCAACAAUUUUCAUGUAGAUCCCCCUCAUUUUUCUUAAUGUGUGGUUUUAAUAAACAUUUAAAAUGUG